ACCAAACAAAGCAAAAGUCUCGUGUGUUAUGAAAUCAUAGAAAAAUCGAAUUUUUCCUUAAUUAAAACGACAAAAACACACAAAAAAUGUUAAGAGCAGUAUUGAGCCGCCUCGGCACCCAAACAAACGACAGAAAUUCCAAAAUCAUCUUGGAAAACGCCCGAUUAUUCGCCUCAUUCCGCAAUCGUGACUUCCAAUUGGACGGAACAGAUGUCGAAUCAUCCGGGAGUCUCAUCACACGUUUCGCUCGGCACGUUGCCAUCCAAAAUGCCUCGAACAAGGACCCGAUCAAGUACACAAUCCGGUAUGCGGACUACUUCCCGGUGGCAGAUAUGCGACGAUUCAUCCGGGAUAUUCGGGAAAUUGACGCAGAGCAACUGCCACAAAUGAUUGUCUAUACGAGCGUCUACAAGGGCCGAACCGAUAUUCCGACAAUUGUUGAAGUCGUGAACCGACUGGACAACGAAUGUGCCGCCAAGAUAGAGGAAAUGUCGCAACAACGAAUAAUUGAGGUGCUGAAUGCUUUGAUGUACUUCCUGCCGGACCGAAUUCAUCAAUUGGAUUUUUUUAAACGUGCGAUGCCGACACUCGUGAAUGGAUUUGGCAAGGAACAGAACGCAAGGACGUUCGUGGAAGUGUGUUUUUACCUCGGAAUGGGUAAAAAAAGCGAAUUUUGUCGAAAUUUGAUGCAACAAUUCCUGAAAAAUUAUCUGGAUGAUUACGCGGAUGAGCUAGAAACGAUGGAUUUGGCGAUUGUGGCGAAUGCUGCCUUCAAAACGAGCACUCAGCUGAAAAGUCAAACAUUUUUGAGACGUGUAAAGGAAGCAGUUUUGUCGAUGGAAGAGAUUGAUAUGGCUUUGAUGAUCACAUUCCUCAAAUGCUUGCGUCACAAUCAAGUACGUUCCCCCGAAACACUUGCAAAAGUCAUCGGCUGGCUCGAAAAUGGACAAAUUACCGAAGAAAAUUCCGAUAUUCGAUCAAUUGGACAUCUUUUAGCGUUUUUGGCGGAAAAUCGCGUUGCCCACAACGAAAUUGUGUCAGAUCUGUUCAUCCGAGGCAUUCAACUGGUCAAUUCCGGAACACUUCCGCGAUAUAUUUCGACCCUCUUAUGGAGUGCAUCGCAACUGGGACUCACAUUCACCGACGAAGUUGCCAUAAAUCGCGUCGUUCAAAUAAUUUUCAACAAAUUAGACAACGGCGAAUAUCGGUAUGCCUCAGAUGAGCUGAUAGUUACUUCGCUAUCUCUCUGGUUGCUGGGCUACAAAUACACAGAUCUCGCCAAAGAUGCGUUAGCAGACACCGACACGAAUUUCCAGAAGAUGGCUCAUCGAGUGCGACAGGAUUCACGAAGGAUUUUGCUGCAGAAUUUGCUGGAUUUGGAACGAAAACCCCUGAAAAUCAACAGAAAACCAUCAGAAUAUUUAAUUAAUGAUCGCCCGGCACUCCAAAUGACCUUCGAAACGUUGAAGAAAUGUGCGAAAGAGUUCAAUUUCAGCUCUGUCGAGUACGUGCAACAAAUUCCUGAAUUAAAUAUCGCUGGAAUUUGCGCCAAAAUUGGUCCCAAAGAUCUUCAUGUCGAAGUUUUUGACAACACAAACACUUUGAACGACAAUAAAACGCCCAUUGGACUGAUGAGACUCAAAAAACGCAUCUUGGAGGACAAAAAAUGCGCCGUUUUGAUCGUGAAUGCAGCUGGCCUCGUUGAAAAAGAACAAAUUGAAGAACUAGUUAAAACAGAAAUCCGCGAUUUUUUAGACGAUCACAGUGAUGACGAGAAAAUUUCAAUAGAAACUUAAUUUUUUUAGCACUUUAGGCAGUAGAAAAUUCAAUAAAAUCGAUUGAUGUAAUGCAAAAUUUA